AUGUCCCCGGGACAGAAGACUUGUACAACGACGAUAGAUUACGCCUGGCUGGUCCUCAAAGAUUUAGAGGCGGAGAAGUCGUUUGAGCCAAGUUCCGAGUCGAGAAAGUCAUUUUCUUCCAGAUUCCGGAUAGACAACACAGAUCACAUCAUAGACGUGAACAAGGGCAACGUACCCUUCGAGUACGACCAGGUCAACAUUAUAUGUCCAGUAUACAACAAAGACACCUCAGACGAGGAGGCCGAGAAGUACAUCAUCUACAAUGUGAGCAAGGAGGAGUAUGACACUUGUCGCAUCACCAACCCGUCGCCGCGGGUCAUAGCUGUGUGUGAUAAGCCGUACAAACUCAUGUACUUCACCAUUACCUUCCGAUCCUUCACGCCUCAGCCUGGAGGCCUGGAGUUCCACCCAGGCCAGGACUACUACUUCAUUUCGACGUCGGGCAAGGAUGACCUGCACCGCCGCAUCGGAGGCCGCUGUUCGUCGCACCACAUGAAGGUGGUGUUCAAGGUGUGCUGCGAUCCGGAGUCCCAGCCGGCCCAGGACCAGGCGAACAAUCACAUCCCCAACAACGGCCUGUCCACCCCUAGAGGCACCACCACUACUACCACCUCCACCACCAAGUCUACUACCACUACUACUACCCCUAAGACCACCACCACUUCCACUACCACCACCUCCCUCAGCACCACUUCCCUAAAGACCACCUCUCACAAGAGUGCUGAUCCCCAUACCAUCAAGACCACCACUAAGAAGACAGAUACACAUCAGCCUGACCGAAGGGAAAAUGAGGUGGUGAAGAAUGAGGAACUAACAUUGAAUGCAUCUCCACAGUCUGCCACCUUGUCCUUCAUGACAGCGUUCUGUCUCUUGCUGCCCCUGGCAGUGUCCAGGUUCCUCACCACACAUUCCUAAGAGCAGUAUGGCCAGGCAACAUGGAUAUCAAUAUGCCAGAGUUAUUUUACACAUUGAAAUGUUGAAAAUUUUGCUAGUGGAAAAGAAAAAAAUCUGUCAACUGUUGUCUGGAUUACAAAGAAAUGGGGUUUCAAGUGUAGAAAAUACACAUUAAAACACACAUAUAUAUAUAUGUA